AGAGGAAGAGUGAAUCGCGCAGUGUCCAGCGAGAGUGUCAGCUGAGGGUGGUGGCGGGAGCGACAGCAGUCAGGUUCCAGCUCUGGUUUACGGCAGUAGAUCCGGCUGAGUUCCGGGAGUUUGGGGCCCGGCAGUGUGGUUAAGUUGAAGCAGGCUGGAGGAGCCCACUUCUGCUCCCCCUCCAGGGGACCCACUCCCCUCUCACAUCGCUGUCUUUCCUCUUCCUCUCCACACCAGGCGAGCAUUUGACUUGGACGUCUAACCUUAAAAUAUGCUGGAGUCCUAUGUAACUCCAAUUUUAAUGAGCUAUGUGAAUCGCUAUAUCAAGAAUUUAAAGCCUUCGGACCUACAGCUUUCACUAUGGGGUGGAGACGUAGUUCUCAGCAAGCUCGAGUUAAAGUUAGAUGUGCUGGAACAGGAGCUGAAAUUACCAUUCACUUUUUUAAGUGGACAUAUUCAUGAAUUGAGGAUUCAUGUACCAUGGACAAAACUAGGUUCAGAACCAGUGGUAAUUACUAUCAAUACAAUGGAAUGCAUUUUGAAACUUAAAGAUGGAAUACAGGAUGAUCAUGAAAGCUGUGGGUCUAAUUCUACUAAUCGUAGUACUGCUGAGAAUACAAAAUCAUCAGUAAAACCCCGAAGAAUUCAGCAGGCAGCUCCUACAGAUCCUGAUUUACCACCAGGAUAUGUGCAGAGUCUGAUUAGACGAGUUGUAAAUAAUGUAAACAUUGUAAUAAAUAAUCUCAUACUAAAAUAUGUUGAGGAUGAUAUUGUCCUUUCAGUGAACAUCACUUCUGCAGAAUGCUAUACAGUAGGUGAAUUAUGGGAUCGUGCAUUCAUGGAUAUUUCUGCAACUGAUCUGGUGCUGAGAAAAGUUAUCAAUUUUUCUGAUUGUACAGUCUGCCUUGAUAAACGAAAUGCCAGUGGUAAAAUAGAAUUUUACCAGGAUCCUUUAUUGUACAAAUGUUCCUUCAGAACUCGCCUCCAUUUUACAUAUGAUAAUCUAAAUUCCAAGAUGCCAUCCGUUAUUAAAAUUCAUACGUUAGUGGAAAGUUUGAAACUUUCUAUCACAGAUCAGCAACUGCCUAUGUUUAUCCGAAUAAUGCAACUUGGAAUUGCUCUUUACUAUGGAGAAAUAGGCAAUUUUAAAGAUAGUGAAACAGAGGAUUCUACCUGUCAUAAUAAAGAUAUGUUAGGAAACAUUACAGGUACUGAAGAUGAAACAAGAAUAGAUAUGCAAUUUUCUGCUCAAUACAAAGGCCAAGAGUUGUAUUCACAACAAGAUGAUGAGCAGCCGCAAGGAUGGGUAUCUUGGGCGUGGUCAUUUGUACCUGCAAUUGUGAGUUACAAUGAUGGAGAGGAAGACUACUUUGCGAAUGAUCCUGCAUCAACCAUGCAUCAACAGAAAGCACAAACUUUGAAGGAUCCUAUUGUUUCUGUAGGAUUUUACUGCACAAAAGCAACUGUGACUUUUAAACUCACUGAAAUGCAAGCUGAGAGCAGUUAUUAUAGUCCUCAGAAAGUAAAGUCUAAAGAAGUAUUAUGCUGGGAACAAGAAGGAACUACAAUUGAGGCCCUAAUGAUGGGAGAGCCUUUCUUUGACUGCCAGAUUGGGUUUGUAGGUUGCCGAGCCGUGUGUCUUAAAGGAAUUAUGGGUAUUAAAGAUUUUGAAGAGAAUAUGAAUAGAAGUGAAACUGAAGCAUGUUUUUUCAUUUGUGGUGAGAAUUUAAGUACCAAAGGUUUCACUUACCUUACAAAUUCAUUGUUUGAUUACCGAAGUCCAGAAAAUAAUGGUACUCGUGCAGAAUUUAUCUUGGAUGCAGCUUAUCAUAAGGAAAUAUACACUGAGAUGGCUGGAAUGCAAAGAUUUGGGGCUUUUUACAUGGAUUACCUGUAUACAAUGGAGAACACUAGUGGCAAAGGCUCUGCAAAUCAACAAGACCUUUCUUCAGGGAAAAAUGAAGAUUUGGGAACAAUGCAAGAGAAAUCUACCAAAAGUCUUGUUAUAGGUCCUCUUGAUUUUCGCUUGGACAGCAGUGCAGUACAUAGGAUUUUGAAAAUGGUUGUUUGUGCCUUGGAACAUGAAUAUGAGCCAUACAGUAGGCUAAAACCAGAAAUUAAGGAUGAAAAUGAAACAAUAUUGAAUCAUGAAGAAUUAGCUUCUCUGGAGGAAUAUAUUCCUACUCGACAUACAAGUGUUACUCUUCUCAAAUGUACCUGUACAAUUUUCAUGGCUGAAUUCAACUUACUAGAUCAUUUACUUCCUAUCAUCAUGGGAGAAAAGACUUCAAGUAACUUCAUGAAUACUACAAAUUUCCAGUCUCUUCGGCCUUUGCCAUCCAUUCAGAUAUUGGUGGAUAAAAUUAAUCUGGAACAUUCUGUCCCAAUGUACGCUGAACAGUUGGUACAUGUGGUCAGCAGCCUUAGUCAGCCUUCUGAUAAUCUGCUUCAUUAUUGUUAUAUACACUGUUAUCUAAAGAUAUUUGGUUUUCAGGCAGGACUAACGUCUUUGGAUUGCAAUGGAUCAUAUUGCUUACCUGUGCCAAUUAUUCCCACCUUUAGCACUGCACUUUAUGGUAAAUUACUAAAACUCCCCACUUGCUGGACCAAAAGAUCUCAGAUUGUAUUAACUGAAGGUAUAUUUGAACUUCCAAAUCUCACAAUUCAAGCCACAAGAGCACAGACACUUCUGCUACAUGCAAUAUACCAAAGUUGGUCUCAUAUUGAAAACGUCAGCUCUUCAGGAGUAAAUGAAGCUUUAAUGAAUGAAGUCUUUCAAACAGUAGGUGUGAAAUCUAAGAAUCCCCUGCCAGCUCUUGAGGGCUCAAUCCAGAAUGUUGAAUUGAAGUACUGCAGCACAUCAUUGGUCAAAUGUGCCUCUGGGACCGUGGGAUCAAUAAAAAUUUGUGCCAAAGCCCCAGGUGACAUUGGAAAAGAGAAGUUGAUCCCCUUACUUCAGGGUCCAUCUGACACUAAAGACCUUCAUAGUACCAAGUGGCUCAAUGAAAGUAGAAAGCCAGAAUCUCUUCUGGCUCCAGAUUUGAUAGCCUUUACAAUCCAAGUUCCCCAAUAUAUGGAUUACUGCCACAAUUCUGGUGCAGUACUUCUUUGUAGCGUACAAGGAUUUGCCAUUAAUAUUGACCCAAUCUUAUACACAUGGCUCAUCUACCAGCCUCAGAAACGAACAAGCAGACAUAUGCAACAGCCUGUCGUAUCUGUUCCUGUUGUAACACCAAUUAGCAAAAGGAAAGAGGAUGAGCUUUCUGUUGGAAGUGCACCACUGGCAAAGCAGCAGUCCUACCAGGCCUCUGAAUAUGCUAGCAGUCCUGUAAAGACAAAAACACUAACAGAAUCUCGACCACUGUCUGUUCCUGUGAAAGCCAUGUUAAAUAUAUCUGAAGGCUGUAGAAGUCCUGAAGAAAGAAUGAAAGAAUUUAUUGGAAUAGUAUGGAAUGCAGUGAAGAGUCUUACAAUACAGCUUGAUGUACAGUCUUGUUGUGUGUUCAUUCCAAACAAUAGCCUGCCUUCCCCAAGUACAAUUGUAUCUGGUGACAUUCCUGGAACAGUGAGAAGUUGGUACCAUGGACAAUCCAGCAUGCCAGGAACGCUUGUCUUGUGUUUACCACAAAUAAAGAUUAUUAGUGCUGGUCACAAGUAUAUGGAACCUUUACAGGAAAUCCCAUUUGUCAUCCCACGACCCAUCCUUGAAGAAGGUGAUGCUUUUCCUUGGACCAUCAGCCUGCAUCAUUUCAGCAUAUAUACCCUUCUUGGAAAACAGGUGACACUUUGCCUGGUGGAACCUAUGGGUUGUACCUCUACUCUAGCUGUCACAUCUCAAAAACUAAUUGCUGCAGGACCUGAUACAAGACAUUCAUUUGUUGUCUGUCUCCAUGUUGACCUAGAGUCCCUAGAAAUAAAAUGCUCUAAUCCACAGGUGCAGCUCUUCUAUGAACUAGCUGAUACUAUAAAUAGAGUCUGGAAUAAGAUUAAGAAGAAAGGCAAUCUGAGUACAUCUUCAGCAUAUUCAGAGACUGUGGCAGGCCCUGUCCCCAGUUCUCCAGUUCGAAGCAGUGUAGGUACAGUUCCUCCAGAUACUAGCACAUGCAGCCCGUCUGCUGAUAUUGGAACUACUACUGAGGGAGAUUCUAUACAAGCAGGUGAUGAGUCACCAUUUUCAGAUUCUGUAACCUUGGAACAAACUACUAGUAACAUUGGUGGAUCCAGUGGACGUGUUAGUCUCUGGAUGCAGUGGGUACUCCCCAAAAUUACGAUAAAGCUUUUUGCUCCAGACCUUGAAAAUAAAGGCACAGAAGUUUGUAUGAUCAGUGAACUAGAAGAUCUCAGUGCUUCUGUAGAUGUGCAGGAUGUAUAUACCAAAGUGAAAUGUAAAAUAGAGAGUUUCAAUAUUGAUCAUUAUAGAAUCAGCCUUGGGGAAGAGUGUUGGUCUUUGGGGCAAUGUGGAGGUGUCUUCCUUUCCUGUACUGACAAGCUGAACAGACGCACCUUGUUGGUUCGACCCAUCAGCAAGCAGGACCCUUUCAGUAAUUGUUCUGGCUUCUUUCCCUCUGCAACUACAAAACUUCUAGAUGGCUCUCAUCAGCAGCAUGGAUUUCUCUCUCUGACAUAUACAAAAGCUGUAACCAAAAAUGUCCGCCACAAGUUAACAUCAAGAAAUGAACGAAGAAGUUUUCAUAAGUUAUCUGAAGGUUUAAUGGAUGGUUCCCCUCAUUUUCUUCAUGAAAUUCUUCUUUCAGCACAAGCCUUUGAUAUUGUCCUUUAUUUUCCUUUACUUAAUGCCAUUGCAAGUAUAUUUCAAACAAAACUACCAAGACAAAAAGAGAAAAGAAAAUCUCCAGGUCAGCCUACAAGAACCCAUACACUGACUUCACGCAAUUUACCCUUGAUUUAUAUCAACACAAGUGUAAUCAGAAUUUUUGUACCAAAAACAGAAGAAAUGCAGCCAGCUGUUGAAGUUAAUCAGGCAGCAAAGGAAGACACCAUGGUUUUGAAGAUUGGCUCUGUUACCAUGGCUCCCCAGGCUGACAAUCCCCUUGGCAGAUCUGUUCUCAGGAAAGAUAUUUACCAGAGAGCAUUGAACUUAGGAAUUCUUCGAGAUCCUGGAUCAGAAAUUGAAGAUAGACAAUACCAAAUAGACUUACAGUCCAUCAAUAUUGGUACUGCUCAGUGGGAUCAACUAAAACCAGAGAAGGAAAAUACCACAGGAGGAGUGCUAACAGAGAAUGAAAGGAAUUCUCAAAAUCCAGCUCUUGAGUGGAAUAUGGCGAGCAGCAUAAGGCGACAUCAAGAAAGGAGAGCAAUUUUGACCCCCAUUUUGACAGAUUUUUCUGUCCGAAUAACUGGAGCUCCUGCCAUCAUUUUCACCAAAAUUAUUUCUCCAGAAAAUCUUCAUACUGAGGAGAUUUUAGUGUGUGGCCAUUCUUUGGAAGUAAAUAUAACUACAAACCUGGACUUCUUCUUAAGUGUGGCUCAAGUUCAACUCUUACAUCAGUUGAUAGUAGCAAAUAUGACUGGACUGGAACCAUCAAACAAAGCCACAGAGGUGAGAGAAAGAGAAAAUAAAAUGGGAAGUACUGAACUCACACUCUCAUAAGAAGAAAGACUGAAGUUUUAUAAACAUCGUUUAUAUUCACAUUCUAUUGAUCAGGCCUUAUGCAUGUGGUCACACACAGCUGCAAGUGAGAACAGGCAAUGUAGUGUUUUGACAUGUACCCUACUAAACAUUAUUUUACUGUGAAAGAAAGGGAUAAUGGAUAUUAGGACAUAACGACCUGCCUUGACCACUGAGACUUCAGGAUUCUCUGGUUGACAAAGAUAGGUUAUUUCUUAGAAAAUGGUUUUACUUCUUUCACAGUACUUUAAAAAUCGCGUCUGAGGUUUUGGAUUAUAAAAUAUUCCAGAAAUAAUGUUAUCUUGCAAAUUGUUCAAUGCUGCUAUAGAGAUAGAUACUAUAUUUGCCCAUCAUUUCUUCCUGUCUUCAUCUGAUAGUAGAUCUCAUUUUCCUUUUGAUAAAUAACAUUCUUCAAUUGCAUGUGACUUUGAUGGGAUUUUCCAUUUUAAGCUAGCCAGUCAUACUUCUUCUUCCAAAUCUGGUUAUUGGUUUUUAUGGUUAUAGGCCUCAGACAAGAGCUAGUGCUUCGUACGAAGACAGAGAGGAAUGAACUAUCUUUCCUGUGGAUAAAUCUGUUCAGAUGUCAUAAUACUGAAAUUUAUAUUGACCAUGCCCUGAUCCUCUCCUAUACUUAUUAUCACUUGAAGAAAACUGAAUUUUAGAAAAGAGAUGAAUUCACAGUAUAAGCAAAACUGAGAUGGAGAGUCUUUGACAUCUUCAUUCAGUGACAUAUACUAGAAGAUUCCUGGAACUCUGCUUUCUUCAUGGAAUGACAGUAAGAGUGGCCAUUUGUGACCCAUCUGAGAGAAAAGCAACAUAGUGCGGAUAACAAAAUGGAUAAAUAAAAUGACACUGAGAUAUAGAUGUAUAUUUGAGCUACUGCAUCAUCCAACACUUUUAGGUUAUGUAAGAAAAUGAUUGGUUACAUUGUAUAUACUACAUAAGGUCAAAUACAAGGCUGUUCUGAGUGUGAGGAGAUAGAUCCAUGGGAAAGCACAGGGUAAAAUUGUUAUAAAUUCUUGUUUUAUGAAUUAAAUGGAUUUCUCAUUCAUCAGAAUUCCUAUUUCUGUUCCUAAAAACAAAAUGACAAGAUAUAUGUAACAUUUACUUCCAAAGAACUUUUGAAAAAUUAAUGAUUAUAUAUUUGACGGAGUAGGUUUUAUGCAUAUUGUGUAGUGCUCUGAAUAGUAAGCUAAAAUGUUCUAUUUAAUCACUAGGUUAUAGAGAGGAGUUGAAGUUUGUUAUGCUAGAGAAUGACUUAGGUCUGAUUUGAAGCUCAGAUCCUUGUUGGACUAAACAUCACACAAUUGAUAGUAGUAAUCUGUAAACGUGGCAUUUAAUGAACUGUGAAUAUCAUAGUUGCAUUGUCCCCUUCAAAAUGUGAGGACAUACUAAUUUUUUUCAGUAAGGAAUUAACAGUUAUCUGUUCAAGUAGUAACACCCAUUAUUUCCAAAAGGUACAAUUAUUCUAUCAUACAUUCUUAAACAAUGAAUAUACUUUUAAAAUGGAUUAAAGUGAAGGAUAAAAGGGCUAGAAUUGCCCUUGGUGUGUUCAUUUGGCUGCAGUAAUUGUUAUCCUAAAUAGCAAGUAAUCAUCUUAUUAUGUCUACUUACAGAGGUGGUAUGUGUAAGGAAUAACACAUGCUUAUUCUCAAAUCAGUGUUUUAGAGUAAAUAAAACUUUCAUAGCAAAACCUAAACCAUGUUUUUAGGGACAAAUAAUAGAACCACAUCUUUGGAGAUCUAAUGUGGGAGUCCUUUUGAUGUUCACACUAUAUAUAUCACAGGAAAGAAUGAAGCCAACUUACAACACUAAUUGAGCUUCACUUCCCUUGCCUGCUCUCCUUCCUCCUCCUCUACUUAACCACUUGGUUUUAGGUACUUCCUUACCUCCCCCUUCUUUUUAGUUCCCACAAUUGAUGCACUUGGUCACCUGUCCCAUGUGUGCUUGGUACCUAUUACUACACUGCCUUUGAUAAAUAAAAAUUAUGUACUUUAAGGAAAAUUUCAUUUUUAAUUAUUUUAGCCAUCACAAAAAUUUACAGUACUUAGUCCAUGUUCUUUUACUAUUUCAAAGUAAUGAAUAUUUCACCCAGUAUAAGGAUUCUAAGUCAUUAGGUUUUCUCCUGGUUUUUUUUUUAAUUAUAUUUGGCUUCUUUAUAUAAAGAACUAAAUGAAGUGUCGUAGUCAACUGUCUCUGAAUCAUAAUAAGAACAUUUUUUUAAAAAGUUAUUUUCCCACUAGUCAAAGCAAGUAAAACCUCUGUCUUUCAGUUUCCUUUCUACACUCAGCCAGACUGUCUUCUCAGGGCUAUUGCUGGCCCUGUCCAUCGCCAGGCCUCUGCCAUUCACUCCCUUGUAGUUAUCUUUUUUCCUACCCAUGCUAAGGUCUAAGUCUUCUCUCUGACCCUGAGUUCUAGUCUUUUGAUAAUUGUUUCUUUCUCAUCUACUUUUUAUCCAAUUUCCAAUGGUGUCUUCUUAAUACUAGUUUUAUGAUUCAGAAUUAGUUGUAUAUACUACUUUGAAGGCAAUAAGAUUCACUAAGAUGCCCAUUCUGGUUUGACUAUUGUCUCCUUUGGAAGUCCUGUAAUGUUUACAAUGCCUCAGUUUUAUUGGUCUUGUUCUCUACUGUUUUGUCCAACUUUAUAAUAUCUAAUGAGAUAGACAAUUCUUUUUAAGGAAACAAGAGACAUCGUUGAUAACCAUUGUUGAUAAACUUGUACUCUGUUUUACAUCAUGUGCUAUGUCUAUCCUUGGUUGCUCUCUCUUUUUUUUUUUUUUUUUUUUUUUUUUUUUUUUGUCUUUUUCCUUUUUUAUCGGUACCGGGGAUCGAACUCACGACUGUCUGCUUGCAAGGCAGGCACUUAUGCCGCUGGGCUAAAUCCCCAGCCCCUUAUGUCUAUCCUUGGUUUUGACUGACAGCUUUGUUUUGCCAUAUUUGACUUUAUUCUCUCCCCCCCAAAAAAGUAAUAAGAACUAAGGAGUAAUAAAACCCAAAAUGUGUAAAUUUUGUUGUAAAAAAGAGAGGGAAAAAAAAGAGCUCUAAAGGAUACAACUGCAAGUGUGUUUAGGGGUGUUAAAUAGCUGACCAUAUUAAUGUUUUUGGUUGGAUCAUUGAACACAACUGUUUGCAGUCUCACUGUUUGUCUACUUUGUAUUCUUUGAUACUGUGAUUUGAGCAACUAUUUCUAAGAUGAUAAUAUGUAAUCUAUUAACUGGUGAUUUCUUACUGUUUUUUUGUUUUUUGUUUUUUUACUUCUGUAUUACUUGUACCCUUACACCGCUUUGUUUUGUUUUGUGUUUUUCUCUUUUUCCUUUUAAAUAAAAUUUAAAAAAAAAAAACAGAAUUAGUUGUAUAUAAAGAAGGCCAUAGGAAAAUAGGUAUAGCUAAUUCAUUAUCCUUUCCAAAUAAAAAUGUGAUAAAUGACCUGACCAACAGAAAAACAAAACAAAACUGAAGGCCUAUGGUUUGCUUUUGUUUCCUCUCUGAAAGUUUGUACUUUUUUAACAAGCAAAUUUCUGGGCUUGUCUUACUUACAUGAAUGACUCAGGUUUAAAAAUAUUAACAUCAGAGCCAUGGGAAUGUAUAUGAUUCUCAUCUAAGAUUUCAUACGUUUUGAGAUUGCUUAUUUCUAAAAAUUUGGCUCUUCCUCAAAGGCUUUCUGCAGCAAAUCAUUAAAAAUCCUCCCUGAGUGUAGAGGCAUAUAAAAUAAACACCACGACCUAAACCCAGUAAUCUUCCUCUACGGUUUUUAAGAUUCUUAGACUUCAAGAAAUGUGCCAUAGAUGGCCCCCUCCCAUUCUUUUUUAAAGAUUUGACCAUUUAGUACUAUAUCUUGGGAAGAUACAAAAGUACACAGAAGAAAAGAUACAAUUUGAUGAUAGUAUCAUUUGCACAACUGUCUAAAUUUGUAUUUAUAAAUUACACUUCAAUAAACUUAGCUUUUAAGAGCUAUUGGAACACUUCCUAGACAACUUAAGGAGACACAAAAGCAAACUGGCAACAGUAAUUUCCAUUAAUGUCAAUGUGUCUGUUACUACGUAGCUAUUUGCAAUCUGUAAUACCAGCUAUUUAUUAGGCAUUCACCCUGUGAGACAAUGGUUUAAGUGUUUUAUGCACUUUGACCACUUUAUAUAAUUACUGAGUUUGGGACUAGUCUUCAGAUUAUGCAGAUGUGAAAACUUUGUUUUAAGAAAGUUCCAUGACUGGUUCAAGGCACAUGACUAAUGAGUAUCUGUGUGCAUGUGUGUGUGUGUGUGUGUGUGUGUGUGUGUGUGUGUGUCUCUGUCUGUCUGUCUGUCUGUGAAUCUGUAUCUGUCUGUCUUUCUCUCAUCUGCAUGCACCAUUGACAACAUAAUUAGAAGUGCUGUUGGAGAGAAUUCACUAAUUUAAGUGUGUUGGCUUUUACAAGGGAGUUAAAAAUUGGAAGAUCACAAAUUAGUAAGUCCUUAGACUUGUAUCCUUUCUUUCUUUCUUUCUUUCUUUUCUUUCUCUCUUACUUUGUGAGGGUUUUUUUGUUCUGUUUUGAGAUGGAGUCUUACAUUGCCCACAUUAGGCUUAAUCCAUCCUCCCAAGUAACUGGGACUAUAGGCACUCACCAGCCAACCCAGUUUGCAUUUCUUCUUGAACUAGCAAGUUCACUGUAUCAUUUUGUAUCCACAUAAAAAUAGUAGUUUGGAUUAUUAUCCUUUUAAGAGUUAAAGGGAAGUUUUGUUUUUUAGUUUUAUGUUUAAGUAAUGGAAAGACAGCAUGUUAAAAUGUCAGUGAAAAGACUCAGCUAACAGAGCAUAAAUAUGAUUGAAAUACAUGAUAUACAUUUGUACCCCCCCAAAAAAGGUGAAACAAAUAUGAUGGAACAAUGAGAAUGAUACAGGAAAAUGAUUAAAGUAUGUUAUGUCCAUGCAUAAACAAACAAGUAUACGGAGAUGAUGAAAUAUAUGAGGAUGAGCUGGAAAAUGAUAAUAUAACAUUCUUAAAACAAUGAUAAAAUAAUAUCCUCCUAAAAAGGCAAUGGGGUUGACAUUAAGGUGUAGAAUACUUAGAAUAUAACAGAAGGAAAGAAAGAUGAUCUGUUCAUAGAUAAUACAUAUAUAUGUAAGUUUGAGGAAUCGCAAAGAUGUCUAUUGGUGGUGUUUUGUUUUGUUUUUUUUGAACUGUGAAAUAGGAUAUAAAUUUAUCUAUGAAGGAAUGGUAAGAGUAAAGUUUGAGAUAUAGAGGUAGGAACCUGCUAAUCGUACUUUAACUUUCUACUUGGAAAAUAUAAAUAAGAAUCUAUAGAGAUGCAUACAGUAAUGGUAAAAUGUAAAUAUUUUUAAAAAUUGAAGUUAGAGAAAUAAACAUGCAACCUAAAUUCCGCAUAUAGGGCCUGAACUUCAGAUAUUGUCCUAAACUUCAGGGGCUGAGGAUUUAGCUCAGCGGCAUAAGCACCUGCCUUGCAAGUGUGUGAUCAUGAGUUCAAUCCCUGGUACAGAUAAAAAAGAAAAAGACAUUAAAAAAUAGAAAUUCAAUUUUUAAUUAAUUACUUGAAGGUUUUACUGAUUUUUAGAAUGUAUAGAUCUUUUUAAAUAUCUUUCGCUUUUAUCGUGGCUUUGAAUUUACACAGAAGUCGUGGAAACAAUACAAACAGUUCCCUUACAUCCUGCACCGUUUCACUUCUUAUUAAUAUCUUACUUUUUUUGUUUUUUUGGUUUUUUUUUUUUUUUUUUUUUUUUCUUUUUCGUUUAUAGGGGCUAGGGAUUUAUUUCAGCGGCAUAAGCACCUGCCUUGCAAGCAGGCAGUCGUGAAUUCGAUCUCUGGUACCGAUAAAAACGAGUGUCUUACAUUUUGAUAACAUUUGUCAUAGCUAAUGAACCAAUUUUCAUACAUUAUUAUUUAAUAAAGUUCGUGUUUUAUUUGGAUUGCCUCAGUUUUUACUAAAGACAAUCUACUGAUGCUCCCUUCCUCUUCCAAGGUCCCAUCCAGAUUACCACAUUACACUGUAUUUGAUUGUUCUAUCUUGAUUGGCUUCUUUAGAUUCUGAUGGUUUCUCAUACUUACUCUCUUGGAUAAACUUCACAGUUUUAAGAAAUGAGCAGUACUGAUUAAGUAUUUUGUAAAAUGCUCUUUAAUUUGGAUUUGUCUGAUAUUGAAGGAAGGGUACCUGCAAUAAAUUAUGUAGAAUUCAUCUGUUUAGAUUUGCAUGCUAUCCUUCCAUUUGAAUAUAUUGUUUUCUUAAAAGAUGUCAUUAACUCUCAAAUAAUUUUAAAAAUCAAUUAGUAGCAUUGAGUGUAGUUGUAAUUAGUCCCUGAGUUUGCAGACAUUUUUGAGUCUUUAGCCUUAGCUUCUUCAUUGGCAGAAAGAGAAAUUUGGUCUAUGUUAACCUUUCCCUGUUUUUGAUGACCUGAGGGAAAGCCUGAGACUGACCUCCAGUGGUUAUUCAUGAUGUGAUUCAAGAAGUAAACACCUGUUUACUACAGGAUGAGUUAUAACAACCAGGGAGUUACUAUCUCUUAGGGUCAUUUGUUGGCACUGAAUGAAAAGUCUUAAGUAGGAAUAGUGGACUUAAAAGUGUCGCUUUCUUCUGCUCUUCUGAAAUUGGAGCCAUUGGAGUCUAACCUCUCUUCUUUACCCUGUGGAAAAUGCUGAUUGUGGGUAUGAUAAUUUUAUCAGUAUUUCUUCUGUUUAAAUUAUUUUCUCAAUAUUUUAAAAAGUGAUUGAUUUUAGUGUUCCUAAAUUAUUUUUGGACUUACCCUCUCCUCUUCUAUUUUUUCCUCUAGCAUAUCUCUCUUCAUAGAGCCAUGUUCACAUAAAAACUAAGGAAUUUUUCUCUAAAUAUUCUCAGAAGAUAGUUAAGAGCCUUUGGGAUUUGUGCAUAUUGUACCAGGAAUAACUCCUUCAGUAUCCUUUCAGCCUUCUCCAGGAGGCUGAUGUGGGUUUUCUAAGCUCUGCACUUAGUCCUCUUUAAAACAAAUGCAAAUUACAAAUGCAUAAUUAUGCUCAGGGCUUUGAAACUGGCUUGUGCACAUAAGAGCCUUUAAAGCUGAAUCUUCUUUAAUGUUAUAAUAAAUCUUCCUCAACCAUCUUGAGUAAAAACUAACAUUAUGACUGUAUUAGUGUUUCAUUGACGCUCUAACAACUUAGCACAAACUUGGUGGCUUAGAACAACAUAAGUGUACUGUUUUUCAGCUCAGACAUGUGGAACAGAUGUCUCACAGGGGUAAAAUGAAGAUGGCCAGAGGGAUAUGUUUAUGUCUAGAGACCCUUUGGGAGGAAUCCAUUUCCUUGCCUUUUUAAUUCCUGUAGAUCUCCAGCACUCCAUGAUCCAUGGUACCUUCUCCAUCUUCAGGGCCAGAAAUGGCCAGUCAUACUCUUCUCACAUUGUAUCUCUCUUUUACCAUAGCAAGGAACUUUUUAGCUUUGAAGGCCUUGUUUAUAAUCUCAACAUCUCAGGACCACAAAGAACUUUUAUUUAAAUGAGCAUAUAUACUAGUAGUUUUCAUAUUAAAUGCUUUAAAUUAUUAACAUAUUGAAAAGAGUACAAAUCAUUUAUAUGUAAAAAUGAGUUUUCAUGAAAAUUAGCUGUUUUCUAAAGUAAGAAUAAUCAUUGACAUUAUCCUAAAUUUUUAUAAAUCACUUUAAUGCAGGGCUUAAUAGAAUAGUUAGAUUUCUACAUUUGUUUUUGUAUUUAGCUGGUUGCAGUAUAUUAUUUUGGCUUAAGUAUAUACAGAAAAUAUAUUCUCAUCACACAGAUAUGAAAUUAGAAGAGUAUUUUAAUAUCCUUUAAGAUAAUUAUGGGUCAUUUUCUUUUUUAUGGAAGAAUAUAUUUAUUGAAAGAAAGCUUCUGUCCAUCUGAGAAAGACAGAAGGGGUUCUGUGUCAAUUGCUCCAUUUUCUUUUAUAAUGCAAUAAACGUUGAAGGUGGUGGUACCUUUUUAAAAUCUGCUUUGACUUUAUAUUUUAAGAUAAGCUUUAUUGAGAUGUAAUCCACUUAGCGUACUGUUCACACAUUGAAAAUACUCAGGUCUAUGAAAGUACCCGUCUCUUAACUAUAUUUGUAGUUCUGCAGUCGUCAACACAGUCAAUUUUACAUUUUCAUCACCAUAAUCAACUGAAGAACUUGUUCAGCCCCCAAAGAAAAUCUGUAUUUAUUGUCCAUUACCUCUAAAUUCACAUCCCCUCCAUGCCUAGGCAGUGGUUGUACUGUUUUCCUUCAGGCCAUUGUUAUACUGUUUUCAUCUAUUUGCUUAUUCUGAAGAGUCCAUGUAAGUAGAAUCAUACAAUAUGGGAUCUUCAUGACAAGCUUCCUUCACAUAGUGUAUCAUUCCCCUAUGAUUCAGCCUAUAUUGCUAUUUUAUUUUAUUUAUUCAUUAAAUAAUACUUUAUAGAUAUAUGUCAUUGCUUUUUUCUACCUGAUAAAUCUCUGAGGGUUUUCUACUUUGGGACUAUUAAGAGUAGUGCUUCUGUGAACAUUCAUGUGAAUGUUUUUGUAUGGGCAUGUGUUCAUUUAUUUUUGACAUACAAAGGAUUAGAAUUACUGGAUUAUAUGAUAAAUUUUAUAAUGAGUUUCUUAAUGUUAGUUUCAGUUUGGAAUUUGAAAUCAUGACACUGAGCUUUUCUUAUUUUGUUACAGUUCAUUGAUUUGUCCUUUCAAAAUUGACACUUUUUGCUACACAAUAUUAAAAUUAACAGUUGUUAGUAUUACCACUAACUUCAUCAGUAAAGUCUGAAUUAUUGAAAAAUCAUGUCAGCUUCAUAGUGACAAAUACAGGUGUUCACAAAUGCUUAUUUUAUCUUGAAAGCUUAAAUGUUAUCAUUGACAACAAAUGCUAUAUGUUGUUCUUGUUGAAGAAAUGCUCUGUUAAUUUUAGAGAAAAUAUUUGUGAAAUACUGGUUAACAAUAGUCAUAGUGCUGUCAGUCACUCUUUCAAACAAAAAUGGUUUUCCAUAAAGAAGUCAGGUGGUACAGCUUGUAGUUCACUUGCACAUCUACUUUGCCUCAAACAACUAUGAUUCUUUGGUGUGCAGCAAAGUGCUUUACAUUUCAUCAAACCAAAUAUUAAAUAGAUGUUUAUUUGAGGGUCAAGAUUUUAAAAUAAAUUUUAGUGAUCCAGUAGGAACAUUCUUAAACUUGAUUUGCUUUUUACUAGAAAUGCAUGAUUUCAAAAGAUGCAGCAAGAAAUAGUUCCUAUUGUUACUACUAUCUAGAUUGAUGAUUAAGUCUCAUGGUUGCUAUUUGUACCAUCAAUGGAAACAUCAAUAUGUUGAAAAAAGACAGGUGACGUGAAUUUAGUUUUGAUGUUACAUGUCCUCGAUGGUGUCUCUGGAACACCAAGGGAUCCUUUGCCUAUGCUUUGAUAAAUGUGGCUCUCAAGUACUAAAGUCUGUCCUUGUUUUCCUCCCUCAAAACAUACUUUUCUGAAAUAUGAAGUUAAUGAAAAGUGAUUUGUCCAUUUGAGUGGAAAAAAGAAAAUUAGUGUUCUGGAGAAUCAUGUUUUGAUUUAUCUUUCCUAUUUCAAUAGUUAUAUAGCCUAAAGAAAUUUAGAAAAUACCUAAAAUUCCUCAUUUUAAAAUGAAGAAUCAUUGGAAAUUGACUUAUUUACUUUUAUAAUAUAAAUAUAAAGCAAUAAAUUUGCUUAUGCUCUAAGCUAGGAACCAUUGUUUUUAGAGGCUACUUCACUAGAAAAUGUAUAUGAAAUACCAUGAUGCUUUUGAAAAAGUCCAAAAUGUCAGUUUAAUUUGUGUCACAUUGAAUAAUUUUCAUAUUUUAGGCUUCAAAAAUGGUUAGAGAAAACUGUUCAACUUGAGAAACUGAUUAUGAAUUAUGCUGACAUUUUAACAUUCUCAAGUUAAAUUUCCCAAAGCAGCAUCUUGGGAAAUAAAUUCAUACGCACAGCUUUAAGAAAUACUGUAAGAAUGAGAUGAGCCUUUACUUAUAAAAUCUCGUAUGAAAUUUAAGUUUAAAUGAAUUAGUUACGUUCAAGUCUUCAGGUGAACUUUCUACGUAGAAUACAAUAGGCGUCAGGUUAUAUGAAGAGAUUUCAUUAAUGGUGGAAAUCUGAUUUGUUUUUAUCAGUGCUUUGUGAUUUCAUUUUGGCAGAAAUGGAACUCUUAGGAUGAUUUUUGAAGUGCAUAUUUAUAUACCUUAAAAAUUGUACGAGUUGCAUGUUACCAGUACUGAUAAUAAAAGCAGUAGAUAGUCGAAAGAUUGGUUUGCGUGUACCAAGUGUGAUCUAUGUAGUUAUGUGCAUUAGUUCAUUCUCAGAUAGCUUGUUAGAAAUGAUUGAUCUCUAGGAACAAAUAAACCAAAAGAAAAAGACUCAGAACUUUGAGUGUAAUAAUUGCUGACAUAGAUAUUUAUCAUUGGAGUACUUUCUUCAUCCCAAAAUAGCCUUUUCACCUCUAAGCCAUUGUCUAAGUAGUCUGCUUUAUUGACAGUAGGGAUUGUCUUGUGCAUAUUUUGUUUUCAUGUCAGUUUCUUAGCACAACCUAACUUUAAUUUAUAUUUAACACUAAUAUAAUGGAUCAGAAAAUUUCUCAACCUUUCUGUGAACUUUAAAACUCUUCUUUCUAGAAGUAAUGUUCUCAUAGAAUAGAUUUAGUUGAGUUUGUCCAUGAAAAAUACAAAUGUGAUGCCUAAAAAUUUUAAGACUCUAUCAGAGGACUCAAAAUAUUAAUGAUAAUGAAGAUCAUAACAAUUUAUUGCAUACUUAUUAUUAGCCAAGGUGGUAUAUAUGAGCAUUCUUCCGAUUUCUUUUAUAACCUUCCUAAAAUCUAGAUACUUGCUAUUGGUAUUCGGUUUUAUCAAAAAAGGGAGCUAAGGCAGAAAAAACUUUGUUUUCUAAGAUCAUGUAAGUGUUUAGUUUACAGCCAUGAUUCUAACCUAGAUUAUCUAAAGAUUUCUAAAAACUUUGUUUUUUUCUGCUUUUCCUGGUUUUUUUUUCUUUCUUGAUUUCUAAUCCUGCUUUGCAGCUUAGUUAACAUGUCCUCAUAUAACUUUCUUCAGCUCUUUAAACUUCAUUUUUUUUCAUCUUUAAAAUGGGAAUAAGUGGUAGUUCUUAAUAUUUGGAGUUUGGUGUGAAGACAAAUAAGAUAAUAAGAUGUCCUUGAUAAACAGAAUAAUGAUAUCUGUGGCAAUAAUAAUUACUUCACAUCUGUCUUACUGAAUACUUCAUUCCCAGCUAUGUGACACUUAUUAUUAUGCGCCACUACUCCUGGAUAUCCAUCUAAAUGGUUCCCCGCUUUUUUUCUUAUUUUAAGCCAAUCCAAUAUAUAAACAGCCAGAAUAAUUAUCCUAAAGUUAAUUUGGGAUCAUAUUACUCCUUUGUUCAAGUAUUAUCAGUUCUUUCCCUUUGCCUGCUGAUCUGAAUAAGGACUCAGCCUGAAAUUGAAAGCUCCAGUUAAUAGUCUUUCUUGCUUCAACGUUCCUAUAGAGAAACCUGUAUAGUUUCCAUUUUGAAUGGGGAUAGUUAUUUAUAAAUGUUAGAUUAGCAGAUCUACAGCUAACAUUUAGAGGGUAGACCAGCUCCAUGUGUGAUGGUCUCACAUGUGAAUUUUCUUAUACAAAUGUUGUUAGUCAGGUUGUCAGCCUCCUGCUGCCAGAUGGUUCUUCCUGUUUUCUGAAUAUCUUACUAUUCUUGCUAUUUAUUUAAGUAUUUCUAUAUCUCUUCUUAAGAAUCUCUGGCUGUUGUUAUCUAGCUUUCAGGCUUACACUUAUUUUAUCGCUUUGCUUAUAUUUCUGGAACCCUCCAGCAUAUCCUUUGUAUCCUUUCUCCCCACCUUAAAAUAGCUUUACCAUUCGUGUCAGUCUAUAAUAGUUUUUGGUGAAAAUCAUUUACUAUCCUAUAACCUUUUCUUUUAAGAUAAUUUAAAGUCUGAUUGAUUCAUCUUUGAAUGUUUCCACAGGUAUUUAGCACUGAGUAGUAUACCUUAUAGGCAUUUCUGCAGGGUACAAACCCCACUUGAAAUUCUUUGAGCCUAACACUCAACAUUGUUUUUUUCUCCUCUUUAGUGGGCUGAUUUGCACAGUACUAGACCAGAAAUGGUAAACCUACAGCACAUGUGUUGUUGUAUUUUUCUUUUAAGACAAAAGAUAUUAAUGUAGAGUGUUUUGGUUUUCCUGUGCUAAAACCUCAGUAUUGAGGUCUAAUUACAGUUUUGGCAUUUUGCUAUAAAAGUGGGAUUUAGGUUUCAGGUUGGCACUUGGUCUUUAAAAGCGUCCUCAUCACUGUACUAGGUCUAUAAUAAGUGAUAAAUUCACAUUAUUCAUGUUUUCUAAAUUAAUUUGUCUAAAUGGACUGAGAGUUUUUAAGGAUAAGUAAAACAUUGUUUCCAAUAUGUUUGCUCAUUUAUUAACAUUCUGAUUUAUCUGUCUUCUUGGCUAUGCCAAAAAAGUGAAAGAGCCAAUAAAAACAGCAUAUUUGUAUAUCAAGAGUGGUACAUGAUUCCUUUAUGUAUCAAGAUUCAGCUGUGUUUUGUUGGAUGGACUUUUUGGUAGCCUAGAGCAUAAUGGAAAGAUAAAAAUGUUUUCGUGUCUUACUAUUGUUUGGUAGUUAAUUAGUAUAGCCAUGAAACAUCUCAGAAUCUGAAUGAUUAAAUAUAGAAAUAUAAAACUAAAUUGAUGGUUUAUUUUAACAUUGUUGGCAUACUACUAAAAAUAUGUACUUUUUAAAAAAACCCAUAUUUAAUCUUAAGAAAAAUUGUUUUAGUGUGAGGAGGAGAUCUCAAGAGCUAGGGUGAUUUUAUUUAUUUAUUUAUUUAUUUAUUUGAGGUAGGGUGAUUUUAACCUGAGCGAUAUAUGGGGAUUUGCACUUGAUUACAUCGUUAAAAAUGGUUCUGCAUAGUUUGACCAUGUGUAACAGAACUCUAUCCUUUCAUUAUUCGGAUUAGAUACAAAAUUUUUACAUUUUGUGAUAAUAAAAAAAUCACUCUACCAAAUUUCAUAUUUUAAAAUUGCUAGCCAAAAUUGGCAGGAAGUUUUCAGAUAUAUUAACAUUGCCUUUGUUGAUCUCUGUACAUUUGAUUCAUUUAACAUAUAUUUAUUGAACAUUUCUAUUUCCAUGAGGUUGCUAACUAGUUGGAGAAUUUUUUAAAAACCAGUUUAAUAGGUAAUACAAAUAUGAAGAAAAAGCUGAGGAACAAAGAAAGAGUAGAAGAAAGGCUACGUAAAACCUUGUGAUAUAACAUACACUUUCUAUAUGCUUUAAAUCUCUAAUAAAUUACUUAUAAUAUGUAAUACAGUGUAAAUACUCCGUUAGUAAUUGCUGUGGAAAUACUAUAAUAAUUUUUGGUAAAAAUCAUUUACUAUCCUAUGAUUCUUAUCCUAAUUAGAAUAAAACUGUACAUGUUCAGCCUUUUCCCCUCCAAUUUCCUGUCAUUGUUUGACUCUAUAAAUGCAGAAGUAGUGAGUACAGAAGACAGACUGUAUAUGAAAAGUCAUUCAUCUAAACCGGUAAUCAUACAUUUCAGUUAAAAAUGACUUAGCAAUUUUGUUCAAAGCAACUAUUUAAAAUAUUUCCAAUUAAUAUUGGUGGCUAUGUGGCAAGAAAUUCAAGUUUAUGUAUACUAAUGAUAGUACCAGUUGGAAUAAGCUUUUAAGAAUAUAUUCAGUCUAGAUAUAUUUAGAAUAUAUUCAGAUCUUCUAUUUCAGUAGUUAUAAAUAGAUGCCAUUUUGCCUAGUAAUUUUACUUUUUAGGAAUCUAUCCUAAAUAGUAAUUAGAAAGAUAGGGUAAAGAAUGAUGUAUAAAAUCCUACUGAAAUACAUUAUAAAAGUUAAGUAAAUUAUAUAUGUAAUAUCUAUAUUUGGUAUAGAUACUUGUAAUUAAUUAAUGUAACUGAAUGUUUUCAGCAAAAUGAUAUUUGACUCAUUAAAAUAGAAUUUAAUGGAAGGUUUUCAUAUUUUUAAUAAAUUUUAUUAUGGACUUUCAAGGUUUACAAUAUGAUGUACAUAGUAAAAUUAUUAUCAUGAAGCAAAUUAUAUACCGUGUCACAUAAUUACUCCAUGUGUACUUAUGUGUGAUAAGAGCAAUUAAAUUCUACUUAGUUGACAAAAAUCCUAAAUACAACAUAAUUGACUACGGUCUUUAGGUUAUACAUUCAAUCUCUCAACAUAUUUAUCUUCUCAGUUACUUUGUGUUGUUUGACCUGUAUCACUGCAUUUCCUCCUUCCCUAUCUUUAUGCUUUUUUUUUUUUUUUUUUUUUUUGUAUAUUUAAAUUUUUCUACCUUUGCGAGCAGGUCUCACUUUACUUCCUGAGCUAGUCUUGAAUGCCUGGGUUUAAGCAGCACUCCUGCCUGAGCUUCCCAAGUGAAGACAUACCACCAUACUUAACCCCCACCCUGCUUUUUUCCAUUUUUUAAGAUUGCACAUAUUACCAAGGUCAUAAUUUUUCUUUCUGUAUCUGUCUUAUUUCAUUUAGCAUAAAAUCCUCCAUAACCAGCCAUGUUAUAGUAAAUGGCAGAAUAAUAGUCCUUUUAUAUCACUGACUAAUCUUCAUAUGGUGGGAGUUUUAGAACAUAACAUUGUAAAUUAAUGAACAAAUUUUAAUGCUAUAAAUUCUGAGAAGUCAUAAAAACGAAAUAGUCAUCUACAAAUUUACCAUCUGUGAAUAAUUACUAGAAUAUCAUCAUGUGUUUGCUUUUUUGCUUUCCUGCUUUGUCAUUUAUGUAUUUGUUCAUAUCCAUCUUAAGAUGUGAGCCAUUAUCUUUUUAUUUGGGUCUAGCUAUUGAGUAAGUGUACUGAAGACUACCUCUUUUAUAAUAAGGAAAAAUUAGAUAAUUAAGGUCAACAAAUUAAUAUGUUCCUUUACAAAAUUGUUAAUUCCCCAAAACAGAAAUGCCUAUUUCCAUUUUCUGUUUGGAGAACACAAAUUACAGUUAAUACAAUGAAGGAAGCACCAUGCUUUUUUUAAACCCACAUUUGUCUAUAUAUAUGAAAUCAAAGAAUUUUGAGAAUGAGUUCUAGUUAUUUAAUGGCACACUUUCUGUAUACUUGUAAAAGUUCCCCAGAAGAACAAUCACAAAAAUGUAGAGAAAAUCAUAGUUCCAUAGCUGCUUCUGUCAUUCAUGUAACAGUACCUGGUAUUUCUAAAGCUUUUCAUUUGGGAUACCCUUUUGCAUCCUGAAAACUAAAUUAAGUUUCAAAUGAAAAUACACCACCUACUAUACAGUAGUACAUGACAGACCCUCCUUUAAGGAAGCACAUCUCUUUGCAAUGUUUAUAUUUUUCCCUUGGAUCUUCUAUUUCAAAUUUCUUCUUAGUACUUGUAUAACUAAACUUUUAAAAGACAAAGACUUUGUUUAGAGGUAUAAUGAAGUAAAUGGGAGACAUUCUUUCUUGAACAAAAUGUAUGAAAUCACUUUGAGUCAUUGGGUAGGGCAGUUCAGACAGUGAUCCUAAACAAAGGGAUUAUAUGAGAUGAACCUUACACUGGCUGCAGUUUGCUGCCUGGAGGGGCUUCAAGACACACAGCCUAGGGACCUGGAUAGCCUUGGCAUGUCCUUGUAUUAAGGAGUCAGAGUUUGAAAUUCAGGAUGAUCACAGGCAGAAUUCACAGCCAGCCAGCUUAGCACUGGCCAGAGCAUGAAUUUGAAAGUCUUACCUGACCUUUCUUUAGACUCAGGUGGGGAAAGGACCAGACUGCAUAAUCCCUGGAGUCAGCAUAGUACUAGGGUACAAAGAUAAAAAGGACAGCAUACUUCCUGUUGAAAAUACAAGACAGAAGACAGCAGCAGAAUCUUUAAAGCAAACAUAUCAACCUAGAAGUCUGUAUCAGACAAAGUGUAUUUUUAGAAACUCAAAAAAAAAGAUUUUUCCCUGACAGAAAAGCUGAUUCUGCCAGGAUUAUAGCUCAGCGCAUAGCACCUGCCUGGCAAGUGUGAGGUCAUUAAUUUGAGUUCUAGUACCAAAAAAAAAAAAAAAAAAGAGGAUUCACUGUAGACCUACAUUGUAAGAACUGUUAAAAGAAAUCCUUAGCCAGAAAGAUUAGACAGAAAUCGGCUUCUACAUAAAAGAAUUAGGAACACCAGGGUCAAUAACUUCAAGACUUCCCACUUGCAUUUUUUUAAUUUCUGUAGAAUACUAUUGAGCUGCAUGUGAUGGCUCACACUUAUAAUCUCAGCACUUAGGACACUGAAGCAGAAGGACUGAGGGCCAGGCUGGGCUACAAAGUGAAUUUAAGGCCAGCCUGAACUAUAUAGUGAAACCCUGUGUCAUAAAAAAAAAAAAAGAGAUUGAAGCUAAAAUGAUAACAAUGUAUUUUGGGGUUUACAACAUGUAUGGCAGUAAAAUAUAAAUGUAUAAUAAUAUACAAGGUGAGAAAGAAUGAAUUGAAGUAUAUUUUAAGGUUCUUAGACCACAUGAGAAGUGGUUUUUUGUUGUUAGGAAUAAUUUAAUUCAAUUUAAUUAUUUUAAUAGUUCCGCCCACCUGCCCGCCCAUCCUUCCUUCCCCGCCCAUGCAUGAUGGAAACACCAUGGCCCCAGCAGCCCAGAUCUCCCUGACACAGGGAUGAUGGUGGAACUGUGAGCAGCAAAAUAAAAAGCCUCUGAGAGAAACAGCCCAGAUGCUGGAAUAUAGCAUUCUGGAGAAGACCAGAAGGAAAGAAAUGGAUCCCCUUGACCCAAGAAGAAAAUAAAGUGAGAAUCGAAGCCAAGAGAGAAAAUUUUAAAAAAGAAAGAAAGAAUUUUUAAAAAGAAAGAAAAGAAAAACUUAAACAGAAGGCGGUAGCCAGACGUGCGUUCACUGGCGCCAGUCACGUUGUUUGAAAAGUGCCACUGGAAUCCAGAGACGCAUGGUUACUGUGAAGCUGGUGGCUGGCAAGCCUGAAGGCCUCAGUGGAAAGACACGGUGGUGGAAGGGAGCAGCAGACCAGAGAUCUGCACUGGCUGACAGUGAGUGUGGGGGACUCAGUCCUCCUGUGGGAGUGGGAGAUUGGCUGUGCGCCAUUUUGGAGUCUAGCAGGAUAAGCCCAGAACCAGAACUGCAGCCGGCUUCAUUCAGCCACUCCUAGCACAAAGCAGAUUGGUGAAAAUUGCUUGGACUGAAUCCCGCCUCUGUGCACUAUCCAAUAGCCAAGGCCAUGGUUUCCCUAAAGCUAUCCCUAACCACGUGGCACACACUAAUGUGGUGAAGAUACCUAGCAGUUAACCAGCUCAGAAGGCAGGGGCCAGCCUGCCCCACCCCUGCUUUUAGUCACCAGCAGAUUGGGGAGAGCAACAAUCCAGCCAGCAUGCUUCAGAGUAAUUAUAACCAAUACAGGAAGUGUCGGGGACCCCACUACCCACUUGUCUGGAAGAAACCAGGAACAAGACAAGAGGAAGAAACAAAAGGUAGUCUCCAGCCUUCAAACCAAGCAGAACUGGCCCAAAGAGGUAAACACAGAAGAGAUUGGGAGUCACACACUCCAGUUUCUGAAGCAACAGCAUCUGACAUAAAGAAACAACUUUGUGAAACUAUAAAAGAACUUAAAACAGAAAUGCUAAUACAAGUAAAGGAAGAUAUAAGAAAAAUAAUAGAGGAAAUGCUAAGCACUUCUCAAGAAACACAGAUGGAAGAAUAGAAGAGCAUAGAAAAAGGAGGGGAACCGUCAAUGAAGAAUAUAAAAAAAUAGAAUACAUGAAACAGAUUUAAAGAGACUAACCAGAAAAGUAAAAACUCCAUUGAAACCUGGCAAAACUGCUUGAAAGACCACCAACCCAACCCUACAAAAAUACUGAAGGACAUUCUAGAGAGAAAAAAGACCAUGGUUUCAGAACAGCAGCAGGGGGAGCUCACUGAACGAAGAAGACAGUGGAAUGAAGGGGAAAGUAGACAACCAAUGGCAGAAAAAUAGCAUGGCAACUUUUCAGAUGGUUGGUGGUAUAUGUAUGUGUAUUUUCUUCUUGGGUCAAGGGGAUCCAUUUCUUUCCUUUUGGUCUUCUCCAGACCAGAUGAGACGCAGAAAGUUGGCCAUAAUUACUAAUAUAGAUGGCCUCAAUUCACCAAUAAAAAGAAACACGGGCAGAGUGGAUCAGGAGACAGGGUCUAUCAAGAUGCUCUAUAUAAGAAAUACAAUUAACCUGAAAGAGGGUUUAUAGACUAAAGGUCAAAGACGAGAAAAUAAUGCUCUGUGUGACAGGGAACCAGAAAAAAGUGGGGAUAGCUCACCCAUCAGCUGCAGAUUGGUUGGAAAGACAUGACACUUUUAUACAAUGAAGAACUACUCAGCUAUAAGGAAGGAAAACCUUGAGGAUCUUAUAGAUAAAUGAAUACAACUUGAGAUCAUGCUCAAAGGUAAAAAGGUUCAGAAUCACUUGGUAAAUAGCGGGUUACCUCCCUAAUCUAAAAACUAAAGGAGUUAGUGGGAUACAAAAUGUAUAAUGUACCCUGUGAAAGUGAAAGAGGAGGGACUAUCUAAAAAGGGAAGGCAGUGGACAUUGUUAAUCUUGUGUCAUGAUUUGAAACCCAUAUUGUUUUCAUCCCUCUGUUUAGUUUGGUUACAUUCUGUUCCAGUUUGUCUUCUUGUACUAGAUUUGAUGGCAUGGACAGCUAUUCCAAAGAUAGCAGGAUAUACUUUGAUCACCAUUUUUGAUUUCCUAUUAACUUGAUCUGAAGCCCUGUAUUGCUUUCAUUGUCUUGUUUUGACUGAUUUUUUAAAAUCUGUUUUGUUUGAUCACUUUCUUGUUUUGACUGAUUUAAUUCAAAAAUGUUUUGUUUGACAGUAUCAAGUCUGAAGGUAUAGGCAACUACUUUGAAGACAAUAAGAUUCACUAUGAUAUCCAUUCUGGUUUGACUAUUAUCUUCUUUUGAAGUUCUAUAAUGUCUCCAAUGUUUUGUUUUUAUUGAUUUUGUUCUGUACUAUUAUUUUCAAUGUUAUGCCUGAUGAUAUGGGCAAUUCUAUUGAAGAUAACAAGAGACAUUAUGAUAACUAUUUUUGAUCACCUUGUAUUUUAGCUUUAAGUCAUGUAUUAUGUCCACCUUUUUGUUUUGACUGACCCCAUUUUGUUUUCUCUCAUUUGGUUUUAUUCUCUUCAAAAUAAAAAAUAAAUUAAUAAAAAAUAAUAAUUUUAACACAUACAUAUACCACCAACCAUUUGAAAAGUUGCCAGAUAUAUUUCAGAGAGUACAUUUUGAAGUUAAGAAUUGUUCUUUCUUCUAUAUCAAAACUAAUUCCUCACAUAUUUACUUUAAGCCUAAAAAAAGAGGUUGGUUUUUUGGUCAUAGACACAUGUAAUAUAUCUUUGAAAUAGUAAAAUCUAGACCUUGUUUUACAAACAUGUAACUUGAUACAGAGUUGAUUAUAACUCCUAUAUAAAGCAAGAUGACAAUAAAUAUGAGACUGUAUCUCUAUAUUCAUCACACUGAAAGACUUGUAAAUAACUUUUCUACAUGCAUUUUUGUUAAGCUUUGUUAUUUUAAGAAGACAAAAUGAAUAAAUAAUGCCAGUGCCAGCUCAGAAAAAAAAUUUGUUAAGUAGAAGAAAUAUGUUAUCUAUUCCUCUUCAUUCUCCCUUUUGUUAGCUACAAACCUCAUACCCAACUCUGGCCACUGACCAUGAUUUUUCAGUAGUGUGUGUGUGUGUGUGUGUGUGUGUGUGUGUGUGUGUGUGUGUGUGUGUUUCUGAUGUCCUAUUUCCCAAAAAAUGCUUCCUUCUUGCUAAGUUGCACUUGUGUGAUGCAUACUGACAUGACAUAGCUCCACAGAGAGCUACACUUUGCACUAUCAGGAUUUUGCCAACCCACUCUGAAGGAUAAGAGGAAAAGGACAAAUGAUCUACUUGCUUUUUCUGUGAUGUUUGGAUAAUUUUUCUUUAGCGUAAUUUUUAUACAGUAGUAGCAACAAAAACCCAAAGCAAUCACACAACAGGGAAGUGUGUUGGCUCUUAGAAUUUGCAGUGCAGAGAUAGGAAAAAAAUUAGAGUUAUCUGAAUACGGCUUCUUUGCUCUGCUCUAUUUCUUGAUACAUUGAUUUUUCUUUAGUCUGCUUUUUUUUCUGGUAACACUAGGGCUAAGAGUUACUAGCUACAAAAUGUCUACAUUUUGUAAGAUACCGUGUUAUUUUCCAAGACUAUAUUAUAGGAAUAAGAAAGCUUUUUCCCUAGAAGUCCUAUGAUUGCCUCUUCCGUGAAUUAGAACAAAUUGUAUCUCAAGCCCAUUCCUGAAUCUAACCUUAUGAUUGAGGCAAUACCAUAUCUGACUGCUUUAUGCCAGAGUUUUUGAAUCAGUCAGUCACAUGAACGGAAGAUUCUUGUUUGAGCUGUUUUACCCUGGAUCAUGGGUCUGGGGUUAACUAAAGAUACAUAGCUUGAAAUGAUGGCUGUUACAAAAAAUUAUAUUACUUUCAUGACAAGGGAAAGCAGCCCGUAUGGUGAGAGGUAGUUGGUAAUGUUUGUUUUAUCUGUUUCAUUUUGUCUAGUUUGUCAUCUUUUAUAAUCUGCAUGAACUAAUCACAAGAGUAUAGGUUUUAGUGUGCUCUUGUUGUGGGCUUCAGAUUGCCUAUACUGCAGGAAUUUUGUAAGGUUUAAAUUUUGUAAGGAUUAAAAUUAAUAUAGAUAGGACUUAUCUUACAAAAAUAGUUGUUACAAGGUUUUUUUAUAAUAUGACAUUGAAAUAAAAUGCUUUUUUUUUUUUUUUUUUUUUUUUUUUUUUUUUUUUGCUGAUACCCCUACCAGAAUAGUUCUUAAAACAAGAAAAUAUUUUUUACAUAUGAAAAUUUUUAUGAUGACAUUUUGGGGGAAAAUGAGUUUACAAGAAUGAUAGGGUUGCAGUUAAAGCUACCAAGAAUAACUCAAAAGAAUUGGAAGCCAGAAUUAUUCUUAAGACACUAAUAAGCUUAAUCCAAAUGACAUCUCAGGUGAGUUACUGAAGUGACACUCUCUUAUCUCAAACAUUCUGUUUCCUUAUGGGGAAUACAUGAUCUAAAAUUUUGGGUUGCUUGCCUUAAAAUUGCUUCAUGUUAACUAUUUUGUGUCAGUAGACAAUAGCACAAAAUACUCAAAAGUAACAGAUGCUACAGAAAGCUAAACAUAGAAGUAGAAUCAAGAAAGUAACCUUUAACAAACUUUGUUAUGUACAUACCAGAGAAUCUGUGGUUCCUGGGAGAAAUAAAAUAUGAUCCCAAUCUCAAGAAUUCUCACACCUUAAAUCAGAAGGAACCUCUCAAUAAAUAAUUACAGCAAAUGGGCAUGUUAGAAAAAGAAAUACUACAGAUUCUACUCUGGUCUUCCAGACAUUUUUUAGUUAAAGAUUGAAAUGAUAAAGUUAUAUGAUUAUUUCUCAUGUUGUUUUCCUGCUAAUUCACUAAGAUUUGACCAGAAACCUAAACUCUACCUCCAAAAACUAGGCAGUUUUCCCUCACACUUUUUUUGUGGGUUCCUGUUUAUCAUAGAGAAAAACCAAGUUCUAUAGUGAUUGUUUUCAGGGCUGUAUAAAGUCAGGCAUCUUCACCAUUCUCUGACCUGCUUUCCUGCACUCUGCCCUAGCCACAUAGCCUCCUUUGUGUUCCUUGAGCAUGCCUUAUAUGGUUGCUGCCACCCAGCCUUCUUGAGAUCUACCAUGACUACUUUAUUCAAAAAUGCAACCUUCCUCAGAACUCCUGAUCUCUUUCACCUUGCCUUUGUCUGUAGGCUGGGGAUUUGGCUCAGCAGCAUAAACAUCUGCCUGGGUUUUGUCUUUCUCCUACCACUUAUUCUCUACUAACUUUCUAUAGAAUUUGCUUAUUACUUUUCCCCACCUUCUAUAAGGAUAGGGGUUUUUGGUUUUAUUUGUUCACUGUUAUGUUCCCAGUGCCUUAAAUUAUAAGAUGCAUGGUAGAUGCUCAGUAUUAAUUCAUUAACUGAAUAAAUGAUGAAUAUAGUUAAUGAAUGCCAGUAAAAUUUACAUUUUUUUUCAAGAAGGCAAUAUAGACAUUUCUCAUUUAGUGACCAAGUUAUAUUCCUGCUUCUAGGUUAGUAAGUGAAUUGGUCACUAAAUAAGGAGUUGUAUAUUGUAUGUACAUUACAAUAUUCAGAAAAAAGAAAUGGUCAAAGAAAACUCCAACUUGUUGACUUAGCUUUUAUUUGCAUAACUUAUGCAGUAUUGUAAUAAAAGAACAUAAAACUACAGAACUAUACAGUAUAAUCAGCAAAAAUACUGUAUAAACAAGGUGUACUGUACAGAAAAAACACUGAGGCUAUAUAAACAAAAAAUAUAGAACUGUUUACACACACACACACACACACACACAAAUGGGCCAUAAGUCCAAAACAGUAUGCUGAUAAGGAAUAUCUAUACUGUGCUCAUUCUGGUAGCACUUGACCAAGGUACGUCCUGUGUUUUAUAGACAAAGUUGAUAGAAUUGGGAGAUAUUUGCAGUAGCUCCAGAGGUUACACUUUAGUGUAUCUAAAUAAGAAAAAAGGAAGCUUUCAAUGGCUUUCUAGGUUAGCUUCCCAGUAUUUCUUAUAUGCAUUCCCUCAAAGUUUUGAAAAUCAGAUAAUCCAUACAUGAAGAGAUAAUACUGUUUUCCUUCCAUCCAUGGGACAUCAGUUUUUCUUUGUUAGUAAUAAUGUGAAUAGGGGACAUGUUUGCCGGGGUGUUAACUAGAUUCAGGAGUAUAGGCUGUGUCUAUGAAACUGAAUUUGUUUCUGUGUCAGUCUAACUUAACUGACUCAAUAUCACAUUUGCCUGCACAGUUUUUUGUAUGGAUUAUGGGAUUCAGAAAUUGGUGUUAGUUCAGUUUGAUGCUCCAGUGUACCCAGUUACUAUUUCUUUUAACACAGUAAGAAUAUUUUUCCUGUAAAAUGGCCUGUUCCUUGGAAUGAAAACAGCAGUAGGUCUCCAUAACUUAGGUAGUGUUUAGUACUGGACUGUUUAGUUUGUAAAAAUAUUUGACUAGACUGAGCUUGUGGCCUGAUGAUGUUUAGAAGAAUGUUAAAGUGUAACUCAUAAAAGAUGCCAGCAAAAAUCAUAGUUGGAAGACUUGAAUAAUGAUUGCAUCAUUUUCCUGGUAGGUGUGACCAAACGUGAAAAUCCAUCACUGCCAUUUGUGAAAUAUAUUGCUAAGAAUAAAGUUAACUGGUAUUCUGUGAACUGCAUUAGGUAUCAAGAUGAAAUAUCCGCCAGUGCCUUGAUCAUUGUCCCACUGUCUUUACAUUGUUAGGAGAGCUUUUUUCUUCAUUGUGUCUUGGUGCCAAAAAUAGCAGUAAUAUUUUCCCCACGUUUAAUGAGCAUUUUUGUUCAGUGAAAACCUUGAACACACCAGGUUUUUCUUUGUGAUGUUACUUUGAUGUCAAGUAUAUUCCUGUUAGCAAACAAGUUCUUGGAAUAUUUUAUAACUUAAGUUCCUAAAAUAGCUUCUCUUUGAUAGAACUGUGAAGGGGAGGAAGAGGAGGAAGACCGGCGGCUGAAAAGAUAAGAAGUAUAAAAUAUAAGUAACCUUUAUUUUGGGAAUGUGGGGAGAGACACCCCUGACCCCCUGGGGCGUGGCAUCUCCACCCCGGGCAGGCAAUCUCUCCGUGGAACAUGUGGAGUGAGGCACAUAAGUAGCCUCGGCCUGGGUUGGAACCCAAGGGGCAUUAGGGAUGCACAGGUAGCCCAUUGGUCUUAGUUUGGCGCCAGAGGCAAUUCCUAAGGGUGGGGGUCCGGCCUAGGUCAGCAACCCUUUCACUCUUAAAGUCUAAAAACCAAUGCAGCAUGAAAAAUUAACCUUAUUUGGUCAAAAGAAAACAGAGUUUUUUUAAUGAUAUACAGUAAUAGGACAGCACAAUAGAUCAGAUUUCUGAACUAAUAAUGCAUAUGCAAAAUAUUUCAGAAUUGAAAAAAUGCAUUAAAAUGUUUAAUUCUCCCUGAUUUAGCACAGAGUAAUUCUAGAAAUGUAGAAUGUGCAAUUCCUUGACUCCCAUUGUGAAGAAGCAUACUCCUACAAAACUGACAAAAUGUGUUCCUUUGCAGUAUGAAUUUAGCUGUGUUAAUAGAGUCAUUAGUAGAGUAGAUGGGAUAACAUCACCAUACCCACUUUUUGCAAAGGAAUACACCUAAAAAAGAAUGGGGAACAAACAGACAGAAUGGAAACUAAAUAAUUGGCAUCUGAGAGAUUAAGAUGUAGUAGAACAUGAGAGGCAGGUAGCAAAAGGAAAAAGUAUUCCUGUUUUUUCUUGAGCCCAUAAAUAUGAACCCACUCUCUUUGAAAAGAUAAUAUUAUAAUGGAACUUACAUUUUUUUUGUUUUUUUUGUUUGUUUGUUUGUUUGGUUUUUUUGUACCAGGAAUCAAACUCACCACCUCACACUUGCCAAGCAGGUGUUUACACCACUGAGCUAAAUCUCUGGCCCCUGAAACUUACAUCUUAACUAAUAAAGUGUGAGUAGGAUAUAGGACCUUACUCCAUGUAAAUCAAACACAAGCCUCUUUAUCUACAAUAGUUCUUCAUCCACUACCAAAAAAAAAAAAAAAAAUGGGGAAGAGUGAAAAAUAAACAUCAGCCUUUUAUUUUUUUAAUAGUUGGAAACCAUUCUUAAAAAUCUCCUUUUCUGGGGCUGGGCAUUUAGCUCAGCAGUGUAAGUGACGGUGUGGGAAACAUGAGGUUGAGAGUUCAAUCCCUGGCACCAAAAAACAAAAACAAAAAAAUCUCCUUUUGCAGGCAGGUGUAAUGGCAUAAACCUGUAAUCUCAACACUCGAGAAGCUGAGGCAGGAGAAUUAUUAUGAGUUCAAGGCUAGCCUGAACUACAUAGCAAGACCCUGUUUGGGAAAAAAAAAAUAGAAACAAAAAUCUCCUUUUUCACCAUUCUUACGUGUGUCUAAUGCUGUAUUGUUCUUAUUUUGUGCUUUUACUUUAUUAUACAACCAAAACGUAAGUCUGAGGACACACAAAAGGACCUGAGAGAAGAUCCACAGUUUCAAAAGUGCCUUAAACUCUCUACUUUCUCUGUAGAAUAUCCACGAUAGUUGUGGGAGUGAAAAACAGUGUCAAAAUCAACAAAACCAAAAUUUGGUCCUUACUGCAGCAACAUUGACAAACCCUUAGCUAGACUGGUCAAAACAAGACAACUAAAUUACUAAAACCUAUGAUGAAAAAACCUAUGAUGAGAAAUUAGUAUGACUCUACGGAAAUAAAAGGAAGUAUAAGAAAUCAUAUACCAUAUGUAAAAAGCAACACAAAGUUAAUCAAGACCUAAAUGUAAGAGCUUAAACUAUAAACUCUUAGACAUUAGCAGAAGUAAAUUUUUAUAACCUUAGAUUAGGUAGUAAUUUCUUAAAUAUGACACUAAAAGCAUAAGCAACCUGAGUAAAUGAAUGAAUCAUUAUCAAUGUUAAGAGAGUUAAAAAAAAAAAAAGUGCAGCAAACCUACAACUGCACUGGUGAUCCUGCCCUCCACCUAGCUGACUUUGGUGGGUCUGUGAUCAUUCUGGUGAUGCUGCCCUCCACCCUGGCAACUGCGAGAAAACCAGCCACACAGUAAGACCCUGACAACAGUGCACACAAGACAUACGUAAAACUAGCAAGAAUUAAAACACUGAAAUUCGAACCAAACAGUAGAAAAUGACAAAAUGAAAAAGCAAAUGUAAUCUCAGACCUCUAGCUCGCCCAGAACAAGUACAGGAGAUACUGAAAUAGAAAAAUGAAAAGACAUACACCUGAGAUUACUGGAAGGAUAGCAAGUAAAGUAAAGAAGCAAAUCCAUGAGGCGUUAGAUGAAAUCAGAUCAGAAACAGUCUCUUAGGUUAAAAAAGAAAUGCAAUCCAUAGUGAAAGGAUUACUCAACAUAGCUAGAAAACAUAUGGACAGAAAAGUAGAGGAGCACAUGAAAAUGAUAGAAACCUUGAAUGAACAAUGUAGGAAAGGAUUGGAGUGCAUGAAACAGAUUCAAACAGAUGUCCAGGAAAUUAAAAAUUCCACUAAAAGCUGGAAAAACUUCUUGAACGAAGCUGAAGAUAGACUUUCACACCUUGAAGAUAAGAUUGAGGCUUGUGACCAUGAAAGAAAAGAUCUUUUUAAAAUAGCAAGAAACUAUGAAAUAACAAUUCAACCGCUGGGCAUGGUGGCUUAUGCUUGUAAUCCCAGCACUCGGGAGGCUGAGGCAGGAGGAUUGUUGCGAGUUCCAGACCAACCUGGGCUACAAAGUGAGCUCAAGGCCAGCCUGAACUACAUAGAGACCCUGUCUCAAAAAAAGGCAAAAAAAAAAAAAGUAAGAAAAAAAAAUUCAACAGCUCCAAGACGAUGCAAGAAAAAGAACUUAAAACAUACGUGUGUCAACGAAGAAGCAGAAGUCAACACAAAUGACAUUUAAAAACUAUUUGCAGGAGUAAUAGAAAAUUUCCCAAGCAUGGGAACAGAGUCUGACAUAUAGGUAAGUAAGGCAUGUAGUACCCUAAACAGUCAUAACCAAAAUAAAUCUAUACCAAAACUUAUAAUAAUCAAGAUCCCAGAUAUUCAGCAAAUCUGCUAGAGAAAAGAAAUAGAUCACUUAUAAAGGAAAACCCAUUAGAAUCCAGGCUGACUUCUCAAUACAAACCCUCGACUAGGAAGAACUUGGAGUGAAAUAUUUCAAGCCCUGAAAGAAAACAACUUCCAACUUAGAUUGAUGUACCCUACAAAACUAUCUUUUAAAAUUAAUGUAAAAAUAAGAUACUUCAUGACAAAGAACAACUGAAGAAAUUCAUGAGCACCAGCCAUAUAUAGAGUACUGAAAAGAAAUUCUAGAUAGUGAUAAAAAUGCCUACAAUUCCAAGAACAACAUCAUAAACAAAAAAUUGGGCAGAGCAAGCAAUUAAACAGAGACUAACCAACAGGAAACAGGGACCAACCAAUGGGAAAAUAACAUGAUAAAGACAAGCCAAUGCAAAUUAAUUAUAACUAUCAAUGUAAAUAGCCUGAAUUUACCAACCAAAAGAAAUAGACUGGCAGAAUGGAUCAAGUAACAUGACCCACUAAUAUGCUGUAUAAAAGAAACAUUUAAUUCAAAAGAAAA